CAAAACCCCUCUUUUGGGCGACUCUAGGGUUUUAGAAUUCCGACGCAGAAAUCAGAAUCAGUGGGAAAUGGAGAACGAAAAUGGCGUCGCCGAACAUGAGACGAAGAAGCACAAAGGGAAGCACGACAAGCCGAAGCCUUGGGACGAAGACCCAAACAUCGAUCGCUGGAAGGUCGAGAAGUUCGAUCCCUCAUGGAACGGGGGUGGAAUGCUCGAAGUCUCUUCCUUUUCCACUCUCUUCCCCGAGUAUCGAGAAAAAUAUUUGCAAGAGGUUUGGCCAUCGGUGAAGUCUGCUUUGAAAGAGUAUGGCAUUUCGUGUGAACUGAAUCUGGUUGCGGGUUCCAUGACAGUUUCAACUACUAGAAAGACUAGAGAUCCUUAUAUUAUUAUGAAGGCUAGGGACCUUAUUAAGCUUUUAUCAAGAAGUGUGCCUGCUCCUCAGGCGAUAAAAAUACUGAAUGAUGAAAUGCAAUGUGACAUUAUCAAGAUUGGGAACCUGGUCCGCAAUAAG